AUGAUAUUACAUAAUAGAAAGAGAAAGAAUUAUGAUAGAAAAAAUGAUGAGAGGGAUGAAGAAGAAAAAAAAUAUAUAUAUGACAGAGAUAUAAUAUAUGAGCAGAUAUAUUCUCUUCCAAAGAAAAACAAACCAAGAUGUUUAGUGAUAUCAGACUAUAAGGAUAAUUUAUUAAAAUAUUUUUCUAAUAUAGUAAAAGUAGAAAAUUAUGGAAGUAAAGAUUUUAGAAGUAAAUGGUAUAUUCAUUUUUAUAAAAUAUGUUUAUAUAAUGAAAAAAUAUAUGGAGGUAAUAUAGUUGGAAAUAAGAAAAAUAUCGAUAAACUAAUAAUGGAAUAUAAUGUAGAAGAUGUCUUAAGAAAAUUACAAACUUUAGUAAUACGUCGAUUAGAUUGUGAGAAUUUAUAUUAUCAAAAAAUUUUAGUGAUUACAUGUUUAUUAUUUGAUUUUUUUCAAAAUAAAAAACAUGUAAAUAUUAAAAGUUUAAAACAUUUAGAAGGUGAAGAAGAUGAUACAAAAAAUACAGACAAUGAUCCAAAUGCUGAAGAUGAUGAAGAAGAAAAAAGAAAAAAAAAACAUGAUAAAGAUGAAAAGAAUAUAGAAUAUUAUAAUGAUAAAAAUAUAAUAAAAGAUAAAUAUAAUAAAAAAAAAAUUUGUAAAAAACGAUCAAGAAAAAAUUCUUCUAGAUCCAAUUAUUAUGAUGAAUAUGAUGAUAGUAUAUAUAAUAGUUCAAAUAAAGAUGAAGAUAGUAGUGAAUAUAUUAUGACUACUAGACGUAAAGAUAAUAAAAUAGAAAUUAGAAAAGAUCAUCCUGGAGAUAUAAAUUAUCAUAAAAAUUAUUAUAUUAUUGAAUUUAAAAAUAUAUUAUAUAAUGAAAAAAAAAAAUUUAAUAAUUUAGAAAUAUUUUAUCAUAUCAGUAAUUUUAUAAUACAUAGAUAUUGGUAUUCUGAAGAAUAUUCAACAUAUAAUAUUUUUAUAUGGUUUCUUAAUUAUAUGCAUAGUAAAUUAGAAAUAAGAAAAAGUAUUCAGAAGAUUAAUGAGCAGUUAGAAAUGUUUAUUAAUAUCCAUCCAAAAAUAUUUAAUAUAUCUCAUGCAAAAAAAAAAAGAAAAAAAAAUAAUAACAGUAGUUAUAUUAAUACAAAUAGUACUGGUCGUUAUUUUGAAAAUGGUGUAUUAGAUUAUCCAUAUAUAAAAAAUAGGCAGAAACAAAUUGGUGGUGGUUUUUCUGAUAUGACUGAUAUAGAAAAGAAGAAUAAACAAAACUUAACAAAUUUAAAUACAUUUGGUAAUAAUGUUAUGAAUAAUAAUUCGUUUUUUAACAACACAAUGAAUAAUAUUAAUAAUAAUAAUAAUAAUAAUAGUGGUACUACUAAUGGAUUAUCUUUAAAUUCAUUUAAUUCACCUUUUAAAAGUUUCGAUCAAUCCAAUAAUAUUUUUAGUAGCAAAGGUGGAGAAAGUAGCUUAUUCAAAAAAACGGUCACAUUAACAAAUAACAUGAACAAUAAUAAUAAUAUGAAUAGUAAUAGUAAUAAUUUAUCAUCACCAUCAUUAUUUAAUAAUACUACAGGUGGUGGUUUAUCUAAGUUUAAUCUGGGUUUUUCAAAUAUUCAGAAUAAUAGUAAUAGUAAUAAUAAUAUGAAUGCAUUCAGUAGUGGAAUGGAUAAAACAAAUAUAAUGACUGCAGGUACAGGUUUAUUUGGUGAUAAAUCCAUGUUGAAUAAUAAUACAUCAAGUAUGAAUAAUAUGUCUAAUGUGAAUAAGAAUUUAUUACUUAGUAAUACACAGAAUAAACAAGUAAAUCUUUUUGAAAAUAAUAAUAUGACGAAUGGUAAUAAAUCUACCAAUGGAUUAUUUGGUUUUGAAAAAAAUAAUUUUAAUACAAUAUUUGGAAAUAAUUCGAAUAAAGAAAAGACUAAUAUAUUUUCAUUUAAUAAUAAUCAAUCAAAAAAUAAUCUUUUUGAAAAUAAACAACUAAAUAAUAUAUCAAAUAAUAAUAAGGAUCUUUUAGGAAAUACACAAAAUAAUACAGUAUCGAAUAAUUUGUUUGGAGGUAAUAUAACAAAUAUGAAUAGUAAUAUGUCUUUAAAUUCUAAAUCUUUAUUUGAUAAUAGUAUGAAUAAUCAAAAGAGUAAUAUCUUUUCAUCAGUUAAACCAACUGAAUCUAUAUUCAACAAUAAUAAUAAUAAUAGUAAUAGUAGUACAACAGUUCCAUCUGGUCCAUCUAAUAUAUUUGGUGCUCCUUUGAGUAACACUCAACAAAGUCCUUUUAACAAAGCAGCAAAUAAUGCAUUUGGAACUAUAAACAUUGAUAAUAAUAAUAAUAAUAAUAAUAAUAAUAAUAAUACAAGUAAUAGUGUGAGCUUAAAUUUUAAUAGUGCCAGUAUUACAAAUAAGCUUACACAAAUGAAUGGAAAUAAUCAAACAUUUAAUAACCCAUUGAAUAAUGUAGUACAGAAUGAUAAUAAUUUAAUUAAUCUUUUUAAUAAUGAAAAUGGAUCAAAGGAACUAUUUAAAGAUUUAAAAAUUAAUAAUGACAAUGGACCAAAAUUUUCAGUAAAUAAGAAACCAUUAUUUUCAAGAAGAGCAACAAAAAACUCUACCCUUUCAACAAAUACAUUGAAUGAACAAAAUAAUAUAUUUAGUUCAUCAUAUAUGAAUAAAGAUAAUCUAUUAAAUAAUCAAGAGAAACCCCUUAAAGUUAUAUUUGGUCAAAAUAAUACAGCUAAUGAAAAUGUAAUCAAUACUAAUACUACUAUUAAUAGUACUACUACAAAUAAUACAUCAUUAUUUAAUGCACCAAAUAAUAAUAAUAAUAAUAUAUUAUCAACAAAUGUUGAAAAAAAUUUAUUUGGUCAAACAAAUAAUCUUUUGAAAGGAUCACCAUCCAUAGUUUUUAAUUCAGCUUCAUUGACAGGAGCAACAAACACAAUGAAUGAUAAUAAUAAUAAUAAUAGUUUAAAUAAUAAUGAUAAUUCUGUUAAUAAUAAUAAUAGUGGUGCUAUAAGUGGUGGAUUUUUUGGAAACAAAAAUCUUUUCGGCAAUACAACAAAUCUUUUUGGAAGUAACAACAACAAUAAUAAUAAUAAUAAUAAUAAUAAUAAUAUUAGUGUAGCUAAUAAUAAUAGUAACAACCUAGAAAACAACAUGCUUUUUAAUUAUAAUGAUCAAAAUAAUAAUAAUACAAACAAUAAUAAUCCAAGUUUAUCCAUGCCAGUUAAAAAAUUAACCUUAGAAGAAAGAAAAAAAAAAACAUCCAAAAAUAGUAUGCUCUCAUUAUUUUCAAAUAAUAAUACUAAUGAAAACCAAAGUGCAGAUAAUUCAAUAAAUGCUUUAUCAAAAAAUAUUAUGAAUAAUAAUACAUCUAAUUUGUUUAAUUUUAAAAGUAAUAAUGAAAAUAAUAAUGAUACUACUUCACAAUCAAACAUUUUUGGAUUUAAUACAAAAGAUAAACAAACAACAUGGGGAGACAAUAAAAUCACAUUUGGCCUAGGUAACAAUAAUUUAUUAUCAAAUCAAGAAAAUAAAGAAACGAAUAAAAACCCAUUAGAUAAUAUCUCUCCUACAAAUGCAACUGAAGAUAAACCAGCCAAAAAAAUUAAUAUAUUCGGUACUAGUGGUUCCUUAUUUAAAACAACAGAAAAGACAAAUGAAAAUAAUACAUCUGAGGAGAAUAAAAUAAAAAAUAUAUUUCAGUUUAAUACAAAGGAUGAAAAAAAUGAUAACAAAGGAGAGACCAAAAAUAAUCUAUUAUUAAAAAGUGAUGACAAUAUAAAUAAAGAAUCUGAUAAGGAAAAAAAUAAUAAAGAAGAAAAUGUUGUCAAAGGAACAAUUUUUGGAUUCAGUAAGGAUAAAGAGAGCUUAUUUGCUUCUUCCAUAAAUAAUGAUGAUAAGAAUAAAACGAAUAUAUUCGGAUCAUUAAAUAAGGACGAUAAGGAUAAAGAUAAAGCGCCAAUUUUUGGGUCCCCAUCAAACAAAGAUGAUAAGGAUAAAGCGCCAAUUUUUGGGUUCUCAUCAAACAAGGAAGAUAAGGAUAACAAUAAAGUGCCAAUUUUUGGGUUCUCAUCAAACAAAGAUGAUAAAGAUAAGGAUAAGGAUAAAGAUAAGGCACCAAUUUUUGGGUUCUCAUCAAACAAAGAUGAUAAGGAUAAGGAUAAAGCCCCAAUUUUUGGGUUCUCUUCAAACAAAGAUGAUAAAGAUAAAGCUCCUAUCUUCGGAGCAAGCACAUUUGGUAACAAUAAAACUGACACAUUUAAUCAAGAGAUUCUUAACAAAGGCGACAAUAUGAGUGUCCCAAUUUUUGGUAACACAAUAACAAGUAAUGAUAAUGAAAAAAGUAAAUUGAACUUAUUUAAUGUAAAUAAGGAUAAAGAAGAAAUUAAAGAGAAUGUAUUUAUAUCUAAAGAUAAUAUGAAUAAUAAGAUGUUUAAUAAUGAGAAUGUGAAAUAUGUUUUAAGUGUUACUAAAGUAGAUGAUGAAAAUAAAUCUAAUCCAAAUAUAAAUUAUGAUGAUGUUAUUAAUAGAAAAAGAAGAAGAAAUUUUGAUGAUAAAAAUGAAACAAAUUCAAAUGCAGAUGAAAGAGAUAAGGAUGAUGAUAAGUAUGGAAGAAAACAAGUUGGAAAAGGAUUUAAUGUUAAUUCAAGAAAUAUUUCUAAUGAUAAGAAUAAUUUAAAAAAUAAAAUGUAUAAUAAUAAUGAUGAAGAUUUAUUUUUACAAAAGAGUAAAGUUGGAAAUGCUUUAAAUGCUACAAAGAAUAUGUUAGAAACUUUAAAAUAUGAUAAUAUACCUAGUAAGGAUAUAUUGAAUGAAUCAAUUGUUAAUAAAAAUAUGGAUACAGCUGAAAAUGUUAUAGUAGAACAAAAUCUAUUAAAUGCAAGUGCACCAUAUAGAGAAGAGAGUAACAAUAAUAAUAUUAUUAAUAUCAAUAACAAUAAUGAUAAUAAUGAUAAUAAUGAUGGUCUCUUUUCAAGUUAUCAGUAUGGUAAUAAGAUAAGUCCAAUGAAAGAAACACCUAUAAAAGAUAUUAACAUUAAUAGUAAGGAAAUGAAUGAAAAUAACUCAAAUAAUUAUUUAACACAUAACAACAAUAAUAAUAAUAUGAUGAUGAUGAUGAAUAAUGUUAAAAAUGAUGAAGGAAAUAAAAUGCAUUUAAUUAAUAAACAAUAUAUAAAGGAAAAAGGAUUAUAUGAUAGUUUAUAUGAUAAUAAUGAUGAUGAGAAUUUAAAUGUUAGAGAAUAUUUAAUGGAAGUAAAUAAUAAUCAUAAUAAUAAUAAUUAUAAUGACAAUAUAAGAAAUAAUAAGAAAGGAAUGAACCAUAAUAAUAAUAGCAUAUAUGUAAAUAAAAAAGAAAUGGAUAGAAUUGUUCAAUAUAAUAAAAAAAUAUCAUUUGAUGAUAUUGUUGUAGAUUUAGAUAAAGAUAUGAUAGAUUUAAAUGAAUUAAGACAGAAUUUAUUUUUAUGUGCUAUUAAUUUUCAUUUAAAUUAUUGGGCAGAAAAAGUUAUUUUAUUUUAUCCUCAUAAUGAAAAAAUAAAUAAAUAUUGUACUAAGCUUAUUAGAAUUAAAAAUGAAUUUGAUGAUACAUAUGAUUUUAGUUUAUUUGAAUAUAUACAUGAAAUAUCAAGAAAAUUAUUAAAAACAUUAGAUAGAAAUUCAUGUAUAUAUGAAAGUGUAGUAUUUUUAUCAGGAGAAAAUUUGUAUAUCUUAAAAAAUGCUCAACUAAGUUUAUUUGAGGCUUUUAUUAUAUAUCAUUUUUGGUAUCAAAAAAAUAGUAUAGAUAUUAAAAAAAACUUUAGAAAUUUUCUUUAUACUAAUAAAAUAUAUCCAUGUUAUGUAAAUUAUUAUAUGAAUUUAUAUAAAAAUUAUAAAUCUUUUAAUGGCAAAUAUGCAGAGCUUAAUAAAAAUAUGUCCAAGAAAAUUAGAGAAAAUGAUAAUAUGAUGAAUAAUAUCAACCAUAUGGAUAAUAUGAAUAAUAUGAAUAAUAUGAAUAAUAUGAAUAAUAUCAAUAAUAUCAACCAUAACAAUAAUGGUGAUAUAAAAAAUUAUCAGGGUACUUUUUUAAACGUUGCAAAUAAUAAUAGCAGUAGACAAUCUUCAAGAGCAGGUAGUUUUCUUUUACCCCCUUCGUGUGCAUCGAAUGGAAAUUCCAAAUAUAGUGUCGUCAAUUUAAAACAUUGUAGCAGUGCAUCUAAUAGAACACAUGCUAGCGAUUAUUCCAAUCAUAGGAGUGAAAAAUCGGAUUAUUCGCAUAGUGAUAAAAAAGGAUAUAAAAAUGGAACUAUGGAUACAAACAGUAACAGUAGUUAUGAUGAUGAUUACACAAGUGAUAAUAAUAAAAGUGAUAGUAAUAAUAGUUAUAGUAAUAUAAGUAAUAGUAAUGAUUAUAGUGAAGAUAAUAGCCAUAGGGCAAGACAAAAUAAAGAUAAUGAUGAUGAUAAUACAUACGACGAAUAUAGUAAUAGUCGAAGGACUUAUGAAACAAAUAGUGAUGAAAGUAAUAGUUCAAAUAAAAGAAGACGAAGAAGAAAAAGAAAAAUGAAUAAUAGUAAAAACUUAAAAAAGAAUGGUAGUAAAUAUAAUAAAUCUAAAAAGAAAAAAAAUGUAAAUGAAAAUAGCUUAAUAGAUAUAUUAAAUUCGAAUAGUAGUAGUAGUAAUAGUAGUAAUGAAAAUUCAUCAGAUAUAUUAGAUAAUAAUAGUAAUAUGGAUGAACCAUUAAAUAUGAAUAUAAAAGAAAAAUAUAUAUAUUUUUCUAAAGAUAAGAAAAAGAAAAAGAAAAAAUUUAAAUUACCAGGACAUAUAAAAAUAAAGAAGUUAAGUGCAUGUGAAUGUGUAUUAUUAGAAUUAUUGUUAAAGAACGAUAUAUUAAGUGUUUUAAAAAAAUACAAAAUAUUUAAAACAGAAAAAUAUGAAUAUUUAUAUGUAAAUUUAUUAGGUAUGUUGAAACAUUAUAAUUAUUUUUCAAGAAGAGAAUCAGAUGAAAAUAUAAAUGAAAAUAAAGAAAUUAAUAAUAAUUAUAAUAAUAAUAAUAAUAAUAGUAAUAUAUCAAAUAUUAAACAAAAUCAUAUUCAUAAUAAUAGAAAUUUAAAAAGAAUAAGUGAACACUUAAAUUCGAAUUGUAUUAUAAAUACAAAGAAUGAUAAAAUAAAUAUAUUAAAAAAGAUAUGUGAUAAGAAUUUAUUAUAUUAUAUAAAUAUGCAAUUAAAAAAUAUUUCUCAUUUAAUAAGUUAUAAAGAAAUAGAAAUAGCAUGUAUAUAUUUAAAUAAUAUAAAAAAUAAUUUAUAUGUUAUGUUUCAGUUACCUAUAAUAUUAUAUAAUGUUUUAUUUGAAAAAGUAGUAAAUUCAUUUAAUGAUUAUAUAAUAUUAGAUAAUUUUUUUAGUAAUUCAUGUCUAUAUAAAGAUUUUAGAUAUGAAUAUAUAUUUAAAACAAAAAUAGUUUAUAUGCUUAUAAAGAAGUUUUAUGGAGCUGAUGAUAUAGAAAAUACAAUUAGAUUUGCUAUAUAUUUUGAGGAAUGUAGAAAUAAAACACAGAAAAAUAAUAUAUAUAAUGAUUAUAUUUUUCAUAAGAACUUAAUUAAUUCAUAUAUUAAAGUACAUGAACAUAUAGUGCCCUCAGAAUGGUUUCAUUUACAAAAUUAUAAUACAGUAAAAAAUAAUUCAGUAUCUGUUUCCAAUUCAAGAUCUGAUUCCAUUUCUGUUUCUAAUACAUUAAAUGAAAUGAAUGAUUCAGAAUAUUUGGAUUAUUAUUCUUUUUUCUUUAAGGAUAUAUCUAAAUAUAUAAAAUUUCAUAUUAUUCAAAAAAUUAUAAAUUCUAAUAUAUAUGGUUUACAUAAAGAUGAUUAUUCAAUAAACGAAUGUAAUAAGAGUGAUGAUUCUUAUAUGAUAAAUAAUAAUCAAUAUAACAAUAUUAAAAAUAAUGAUAAUAUUAAUAAUAUUCAUUAUGAAGAAAGACAUUUUUCAUGUUAUUUUAUAUAUAUGGUUAAAAAAUCAAUUUUAGAUGAACUAGUCAAUAUAUAUUCUUUAAAAGGAGAAUAUUUUUAUAAACGUAUUUCUACAUGUUUAAUAAAAUCAUCUCUAAUUAAAGAUUAUGAUAAAACACAAAAUAAACAUUUCCACAUGUAUGUACAGCUAGCCAAUAUUAAUCAUUUUAUGAAAAAUCAUUUUUUUGAAUAUAUAAAUUUUUUUAAAAAAAAAGAAUUAUAUCAUAUUGAAAAAACCAAAAAUGAAGAUGAAAUAAUGGAGAACCUAACAAACGUUAUAAAAGCGAAUGGUAAGAAAAUUAUUUUAGUUAUAAAUACAUUAGUUGAAAUAAUAAAUAAAAUUGAAAGAGAAAUUAUUAAGGAUAUCAAUAUUUUUGUUACUAUAAAUUUUAGAAAUUUAAUUAUUGAUACAUUAUAUUUAUUUAAAUAUAUUUUUAAUAAUAAACAAUUCACAUUAAAUAUGGUCGAUGACUUAUAUAGAAAUGUAAUCAUCUUCAAUGAUGUUAUUAAUUCAACAUGGAAAGAUGAUGUUCAUUUCUAUCCUAAGGAGCAAAUUAAACAAUUAUAUACUCAUAUAAGACAUAAAUUCUUGAAUCAAAAUAUGAUAAAUUGA